AGAAGUGAUUGCAUUGGACAAGCAAAGAAUAAUUUUUCAUUCUCAGUGGGGAGUGGGAAAAGUGGGAAUCUUUUUCUUUAUUGUUUUCAUCGAUCAUACUAACAAAAUUGAUACAGAGAGUUGCAGAAGGCAGCAGAGCAGAGAAAGAUCAAAGCAAUGGGAGUGUUGACAAACAAGAUCGAGAGGGAGGAUCUAAAACCUGGGGAUCAUAUCUACUCUUAUAGACUCGCCUAUACCUACUCCCACCACGGGAUAUAUGUCGAUGCGGGAAAUGUUAUCCACUUUACUCGGGGAGAAGGCCAGGAAACUGGUACAGGAACUGUGUUAGACCGCUUCAUUGGGAGCUCAUUACCUCAACAAUGUCCUUUGGACGAUCCAUGCUCAAUAUGUGAUGAUCAAUCAAAGGGUGAUGGGGUCAUCUCUUCUUGUAUAGAUUGUUUUCUUUCAGGUGGAGAUCUCUACCUCUAUGAGUAUGAUGUCACACGAAAAUUCUUUCUUGCCAAACCUCGUGGAGGUACUUGCACUCUUGCUUCAUCCGAGUCACCCGACCAAGUUAUUCAUCGUGCCUUUUAUUUCCUCCGGAAGGGCUUUGGUGUCUAUGAUGUUAUCAAGAACAACUGUGAAGACUUUGCAUUAUGCUGCAAAACAGGCUUGCGAGUAAUUCCUACUGUUGGCCAGAGUGGGCAGGCAUCAUCCUUUCAAGCUGCUGCUAGUGCUGGUGGUGUUAUCCUUUCUGCUACUGUUAGCAUGGCCCGUUCUUCAAUACUUGGUGUUGCCGGUCUGGCGGCAAGUUGUGGCACAUACUGUGUCAAACGUUAUAUUAAUGAUAUUGGAGUACGCCGAGAUGUCAUGAAUGUUGUUUUAGAGGAGGAAACAUGAUUUUUUUCUGCCACCAGCAGUGGAACACUAGCUGCAUUAAGUGGAAACACAAGAUACAUUCUCCCAGAGUAAUAAUCUUUUGGCAUGCUCUAGAGUUAUAUGCAAUUUGCAAGAAUUUGAUUAUUAUGGUGGCAAUUGAUAACAGUUUGUCAUGCAAUGAGCAUAACUAAAAUUAUUUCAGAAUUUGUUAUGUGUGUGUUUUAAGAUAUCGGAUUUUAUUUUUGAAUUUUCAAUUUAGCUUUUGUUAUGAUUGAGGAUUCCUUGGGAUGUAAUUAUGCCUUAAUAUAAUCCUUGAAAUUUAUUAGAAGGAUGAAA